UCUGCAGGGCUCGUAUCUUCUGAUUUUCUCGCCUUUUAUCUUUUGAGAAGAUGACAGAGCCUGUAAAGGAAACAUCUUCUCCUGAUGGAACUGAAGAAUUGAAUCUCCAACAGUCAGAGUUGUGCAUAAACAAGAAUCAGGAACAGCCUGAAAGUUCCAAAUCCAAAAGAGUUCGUGCAUCUGAACAAGGUGGAAGUGGAGCUAAAGUUGAGGCUUCUUCCGACCAACCAAACAAAAGAGGCCGGAAGUGUACACUGACCCCUGCUGAAAGAAAAGUAAGAAAAAAUGAGGGUGACAGAAAACGUAGGAAUGAUCGAAAGAUUGAGCUGGGAGAACUUAGGGCAAUGAUACCUCUAUUUGAAGAUCUAAAAAAUAAAAAAGGACAAUUGGUAAGGGAGAACAAGAAACUUAAAUCUGAGAUUACUGUUAUGACUCAGCAGAUGGAGACACGAAAAAAUUAUAAGGAGAAUAAGUUGACAGACAUGGACAUUCCACUGGACCUGGAUUUUCUUAAUGAAAAGGAUUUUAUGUUUAUGAUUGAUGAUUUAUCUGAUGCGAAACUUCUUGAAGAGAUUGAUGCUCUAUUUCCUCUCCCACCUCCCAAAGGACCUGCAACAAACAAGCUAAUUACUCAGGGUACAGGAAAUUUACAAACUGAAGUAUUGGAGCCUGACAAGGAGCAAAUUCAGGCUGAGUUGGUGAAGAUUGAUAACAAAAUUCAUUCAGCAUGUUGCAAUGAAGAACUUGCAACAAACAAGCAUGUUACUGCAGGCAAGGGUACCACUGAGGGAGCCUUAAAGUUGAACGGUAAGGGGGAAGACAAGCCAAAAGAGGUACUGAAGGGAAGGCUUGCAAUGGCAGUUGAUGACACAUCCACAUGUCCCCCAACAGGCAGCACUUUAUCUAGCAGCUUCAUGUCCAAUACUUGCCAGUCAAUCCGCCAAUUUGCCACUGCACUAGUCACUCAGAAUCAUCUGCUUUCCACUGCUGGGGGUGCUGAAUUGAGGGAGGCUAUACAUUACAAGCAAGCCUCUACCUCAGCUUCGUGUAUAAAGGGUACAACUGAUGUUCUGAAGCUUGAGAAGAAUAUGGAGGCUUGUGUUUCCCUUGCCAUCCAGUUUGCUUGGGAGAUAGCCAGCGCACAAAGAGAGUCUAGAGCUGCGAAUACUGAAGAGGAGUACAGUGCCAACCACGCAAUAGAAACUGCGGACAAGGAUAACUAGGGAGUAUAGCAAAUACGAGGUUGUGGACUUGUGGUCUUGUGGAUAGGAUUGCGAUUUUUAUAUGAUUUCACCUAAAAAAUAAUUUUUUAUUUUCUAAAAAGUAGUUUCUUUGACUCACGUAGCAUUGCAUGUCAUCGCGUCAGGGUCAGGUUGGGC